GUACUAAUAUUUCCUGUUCAGUCUCAUUUCCUCUUCCCGUUUCUCUUUCAUCUGAGAACAAGUGAGAAACGCGAUCCUUUUCUUCUCCCAACCAAAGCAAAUCGAUCCACCACCACACCACCGCCGGUGAGCCGCGACCACUCUCCUCCUUCUCCAUCCAUCACCGCCGCCGCGAUUACUCUCCUCCUUCUUCAGUUUAGAGAGCUAUCUCCAUCUCUCUCCACAAACCCUAAUUGUUGUAACUUGUAAGAUAAAUUGGAGCAAGAAGAUAGCUAUGCGGUUGUAUUAAUGUUGGAGAAGAGAAGAAGAGUUAUUUAUGAUAAAAUGAAACCUUAGAAAAGAACUUUGAGUUUGACAACUAGCUAGAGCAAGAGCCAUAGGAGAGAUCAUGGUUUAGUAUUCGGAGCUGUAGGUGCCUUGUUGCCAGUUUAUUUUCUGCUGUUUUCAGUUUUUUACUGGUUUUUUGGUGCUGCUGGUGUAGCAGAUCAGCGCUGCUUGCAGCUGUUUUUCUGUCUUUGGUGGUUGCUGUUCAAUGAUGCUUGGCUAGUUCGGGAGUGAGGCAGGGGGACAAAAUGGGCGAAGAAAAGCAACAGAGUAUUCCUGCUUUGCCAUGGAUGCGAGAUCCUGUCGACGUCACUCUCACUCAGCAACUUCCUCUUCAUUCCGUCCCUUCUCUCCACCCUAAGUUGAAGUCAGCUUUGGAGGACAUGGGAAUCUCAAACCUAUUCCCAGUGCAAGUUGCAGUUUGGCACGAAACAGUUGGACCCGGCAAUUUUGAGCGAGACAUUUGUGUUAACUCGCCCACCGGAAGCGGCAAAACCCUCGCAUACGCUCUCCCCUUGGUGCAGAUGCUAUCAGGCCGCGUCACCAAAUGUCUCCACGCUUUAGUUGUCGUUCCCACUCGCGACCUUGCUUUACAGGUCAAACAAGUCUUUGACGCCGUUGCAUCUCCGUUAGGCCUGCGUGUCGGAUUAGCUGUUGGACAAUCAUCCUUAGCUGAUGAGAUUUCCGAGCUCGUUGAAAUGCCGGCACGUGAUAUAGGCACAUGCUAUGAUCCACAUUGCAUUUCACUUCCUCGCUUUCAGAGUAAAGUUGACAUAUUGGUAGCUACCCCUGGUAGGCUUAUGGAUCACAUUAAUACUACCAUAGGCUUCACGCUUGAGCAUCUUUAUUAUCUUGUGGUUGAUGAAACAGAUCGAUUGCUUCGUGAGGCAUACCAAUCAUGGUUGCCUACUGUGCUUGAACUGAUCCAAUCUAAUGAUGAUGGUUUUUCCCUACCGUCUGCUUCUUUUUUCCCCUGUUCUGCUAGUGCAUUAAGAACCAGAAGAAGAUGUGGAGUUGAGAGGGGGUUCAAGGACAAGCCUUAUCCCAGGCUGGCAAAGAUGGUUCUAUCUGCGACAUUAACUCAGGAUCCAGGCAGACUUAUUCAGCUUAAUUUGCACCACCCUUUAUUAUUGAAAGCUGGACAAAUGCGUUAUCGGCUCCCAGAAAAUUUGGAAUCUUAUAAACUGAUUUGUGAAAAAAAGGUCAAGCCUUUAUAUUUAAUUGCCCUUUUGAAAUCCCUGGGAGAAGAAAAGUGCCUGGUUUUUACAAAAUCUGUGGAUUCAACACAUCGUCUCUGCCAAUUGCUAAAUUGUUUUGAAGAUCUGCGAAUUGAUAUCAAGGAGUAUUCUAGUUUACAACAUCAACGUGUAAGAAGCAAGACAUUGAACGAAUUCCGUAAAGGGGUGUUUCAAGUGCUUCUAUCUUCUGAUGCAUUGACUCGUGGGAUGGAUGUUGAAGGGGUAAGAAAUGUCAUUAAUUAUGACGUGCCCAAAUUCAUAAAAACUUAUGUUCAUCGGGCGGGCAGGACUGCAAGAGCUGGCCAGACUGGGCGUUGCUUCACAUUGAUGUCAGAAGAUGAGGUUCGACGAUUUAAGAAGUUAAUUGGAAAGGCUGAGGGUGGUUCUUUUCUGGACCAUAUUGUUUCGUCCAGUCAAAUUGAAGCACUCAAUACUACCUACCAAUCAGCACUGACAAAAUACAAGGAGAUAAUUUCGAAGACACGAAAGAAACCCAAGAAUUAGAAUCUUCUUAGCUGAGCACAGUGAAUGGAAAAAAAUAUAUUUAAUAGGAAUAGCAGCUUAUUCACGAACACGUAAGGGAAAAGCAUGUUAGCUUCAAAACAUCAAAGUAAUCCCUUGAAAUAUUCAACUGACAAUGAGAGUUCUAAGUUCUACAAUGGAAAUGACAGGCUGAAGUAUUCAGGGCUUGAACUCGUGUUAUCAGGGAAUAUUCCCAGUGGUGUUCCAUUUCUUGUAUUUCUUGAGGUCUUUUGUACUAGUUGAUUAUACACGACUUUAUGAAAAAUAAUUUCAUGUUCUUCAAAGUGAUGAUCACAUGAUUAUUCUGUUGUUGAUUCUAAAUCAGCUUAAACAAGAGGUUAUCUCCUUAGCAGUUCUACUUAUUCCAA